AUGUCUGAUACUUCAUCAAUUAGUAGUGAGGAAUAUUCCUGCCUAACAAAGCGGUUGUUAGAUUUUGAUGAUAUGAGCGAGGAUGAUAUGUUGAACCCAUAUGGAAUGACUAGAAAACUUGUAACACUUGUCCCGGUCAUAUGCGCAACAACAAUGAUAGACAUUAAAAGACCUCAUGGUGGCUCUGUUCCUGGAAGGCGUGUCAUUCACCGCGAUAGAAUUCCUCGGCAUAGGAUUAUUAUUCAUGACUACUUUAAAGGGGAAAAAUCAAGGUACACAGCUGAUCAUUUUCGACGUCGUUUUAGGAUGGACAUCAAUCUUUUUCUUCGUAUCUUAUAUGAUAUUCGUCAGUAUGAUGAUUACUUCACUCGUAAGGUUAAUGCUGCUAAAAAUGGAAGGAGUAAGUCCUUUAAAAAGAUGGUUGCAGCUGUUAAAAUGCUUGCAUAUGGUUGCGCCGCUGAUAACCUUGAUGAAUAUGUUCGAAUUGGCGAGAGCACUGCAAUUGAAUGUCUCAAGCGUUUUUGCGAUGCUAUAAUUGGUAUCUAUGAAGAAAAAUAUCUAAGGAAACCAACUGAAACUGAUAUUGCAAUGUUGCUGAAGGAAGGUGAAAAUCGUGGCUUUCCCGGAAUGAUUGGAAGUCUUGAUUGUAUGCACUGGCAUUGGGCAAAUUUUCCAACGGCUUGGCAUGGUACGCACACCAAUGGGUUCAAAAGAGUCCCAACUCUCAUCUUAGAAGCUGUGGCAUCUCAGAGUUUGUGGAUAUGGCAUGCAUUCUUUGGAAUGUCAGGUUCGAAUAAUGAUAUUAAUGUUCUCGAUAGGUCUCCUCUAUUCGAUGACAUCAUUAACGGAGUUUCUCCUGCAUGUCGUUUUACGAUUCGAGGCAAUCAAUACAAUAUGGGAUACUAUCUCUCUGAUGGUAUUUACCCAAAUUAUGCUACUUUGAUCCAGACAAUUUCUAAUCCUAAUAAUGAAAGAGAACACUUGUAUACAAAAAGACAGGAAGCUGUUAGAAAGGACAUGGAACAUGCUUUUGGAGUCAUGCAAAGCAGAUGGCAUAUAGUUAAAGGACCAGCACGUAUGUGGAAAGAAAAAGAUCUUGGAAAGAUUAUGAAGACGUGCAUUAUCUUGCACAAUAUGAUAAUCGAAGAUGAGCAGCUUCGAGGAAUAGAUCCAGAACUUUGGGAGCCUCUUCCAGAUGACAAAGUUCCUUCUGUUAAUUUGGAGCAUGACUAUCCUUUUCUUGUUUCGAGGAUGCUGUAUAGAAUGAAACGAGUAAGAAGCACUACGGCACAUAAUAUGUUGAAAACUGAUCUCAUUAAUCACUUGUGUGAUAAAUAUGAAGACGAGUAG